GGUUGUCUAAGAGAAUACGUACUUCCGGUUAUUGGGGCUGUGCAGUUCACAUUGUUUCACCGAUCUGCCUUAUUAUUAUUUCGUUACUUCAGCUCUUGGCUUCCGGAACAGCAGGACUCACCACCCAGCCAAGGCAGUAUCGAGGAGGACAGCGGUUUACUCGGUGCGACUGGUAUUGUAACGCCGACCGUCAGUCUGAGGCAGCUCGACAGAUCAGCAACGCUGAGAACGGCUACUUUACUGCCCAACAAAUGAGUGCCAGGAUACACAAGGAUUUGCCGCUUUCUUUGUCCUCUUGUACUGGAAACAGGAACUUUUCUCAGAGCAAUGGUACAUGUGUGACCGAGGUGGGAAAGUUAAUCCACUCCUUCUCGGCGACAGUGGUUCUUAUCGUGUUAGUGACGCUGAUAUUCGGCGUGAUCGCCGUCUCUCUCUUCACCUUCCACUUUCACAAAAGCAAAAUGAAGAAGCGGAAAAUGCAGAGGGCUCAGGAGGAGUACGAGCGCGACCACUGCAGCCCCGAAACCGUGAAAGGCACCUCGCCAAAGAGUGUGGCGGUGAGCCCGGGCCCCAAGGCGGCGGCGGCGGCGGCGGCAGCAGCAGCAGUCUGUCUGUCUCCUGACAGCCACAAUAAAAGACAGAGUCUCGACUCUCGGACCGGCCCGGAGAGAGGAGGAUCGGAAUCAGCCCUCCACUGUACAGACGCUGCAAGGAAUCCAGUGUUCCAUUCCAUGCUUUUGUAAUGAACUAUCGCCUGACUGCAGAGAAAACUGUUGUGUAAAAUACUUGAAGAUAGCAUAGUUUCAAACAAAAUAGAGGGGAGGGGGUGGCGACGGCCACGGCGCAUGGCAAAUCACAUUAAGCCCGAUUUCCUAUUUCAGGAAAUCAAGUAUUUGUGUUUAUAAAGGAGACGCACAUAUAGCAGAAAUGUAUGUCAGUUAACUCCGGAUUUCCACUUAGAUGUAUAUUUCGUAAUUUUAUCGUCUAUACAGUAUGUAAAGUCCGAGAUACCCGGCCACUUUCACACGGUGCAUGUAACG